GAGGUCAUGUGACCACAUGGAAGUGCUCAUUGUCAUCGGCUAGUUUCUUUCCACUUCGCCUUUGACGACGAAGGAGCCGGUCUAGCAUCAUAAUGUGCACCAGUGUGCAACCCAUCGAGUGGACCACUGACCUCAAGGACCAGAAAUUUGAUGGCAUCGUAUUGGUGACCCAGAGCUAUGAUGAUUUGCCCUCUGAACUUGAGUGUCUGAAAGCCCCCCUGCAGGACUACAACUCUGUGGACAGUGGGCUGGGGGAGGAGGUGGUGCUUCUGAAAGUCCCCGGUCUCCCUGGAAACCGGUUGGUGUUUUCCGCCACCGGCCCCGUGAACCGCGACUAUGACGACGUCAGACGCUUUAGCGACGCGGCCGUCAACGCCGUCAAGCGGGCCUUGAAAGCAGGAAUGCAGCGUCCCGUACUGGUCUGCCCUCCGCACAAGGACUACAAGAACAGUACACUGGUGGCUGCACUGGGAGCACUUCAUGCACUCUACAUGCCUCUAGAAGUGAGGGAGGCGAACAUAAAAUCGUCCAACUACAAGGUGUGCGUGCUGGGUCUCUGGGUGGCUAAUGAAAGCCAGGGUCAAAGGCUGGUGGAUCUGGCUCGUGCUCUGGAAAGCGGAAGGCUGGCAUGCCGCGACAUCGGCGGCUCCGAUCCCGAGCGAAUGGCCGCUCCCCGUGUGGCUGAGUACGUUGUGGAACUCUUCAAGAACAGCCCCGUGCAGGCAGAAGUUAUUAGUGAUGUAAAACUUCUGGAGAGGGAGUACCCCUGCCUGGCUGCUGUCAACCGCUGUGCCAACGGUGUCCCCCGUCACCAGGCCAGAGUCAUCAAGUUGGAGUUCUGCGGCGAGGGACCGAUCCAGAAGACGCUCAUGCUAGUGGGCAAGGGAAUCACCUACGACACAGGUGGUGCAGACAUCAAGGCUGGUGGUUUCAUGGCGGGGAUGCACAGAGACAAGUGCGGUGCUGCUGCCGUUGCAGGCUUCUUCCAGAUUUUAGCUAAACUGAAGCCCAAAAACCUGAAGGUUGUUGGUUCCAUGGCCAUGGUGCGCAACAGUGUGGGUUCAGACUGCUAUGUGGCAGACGAGCUGGUGGUUUCUCGAGCGGGCCGCCGAGUCCGAGUGGGCAACACGGAUGCAGAGGGGCGCAUGGUGAUGGUUGACCUGCUUUGUGAGAUGAAGGAGAAGGCACUACGCGAGACUUCCCCUCAAUUGUUUACGAUCGCGACUCUGACCGGCCACGCCAUCAGAGCCAUGGGAGCUAACUACUCUAUUAUCAUGGAUAACGGACCCGCCCAUCGUGCCGGCAAUGCAGCUAAUUGGCAGAAAGCUGGGGAGGUCCUGGGCGACCUGUUUGAAGUGUCGAGCAUCAGGAGGGAGGACUACGAGUUCCACAAGGGGAAAUCCGAGUACGAGGAUAUCCUCCAGUGCAACAACUUGCCGUCCUCUGCGACCCCUCGAGGACACCAGACCCCGGCGGCCUUCCUCAUCAUGACGUCAGGCUUGCACAAGCAUGGUGUGGAUUCCGAGUCGCCUCUGCCGUACUCCCACAUAGACAUCGCAGGCUCCAGCGGCCCCUUCCCCGGCGUGCCGACGGGAGCGCCGAUCCUCGCCAUGGCAACCAACUACUUCCUGUCUGAGCUUUAAGCGGCCUACCCCAGUGUGAAACACACCUGACCUCAAGUGGCAGGAAAUUACCCCAGGGUGAAAAAUCAAUGUUAAAACACCAUCAUUGUAAAUGUGCGGCUGUAUGUAGGCGUAUGCUGAGCAUUUCCCAUUGGUUAAUAAAUAUUCACUGGUCACUUGA